UUAUUGCCUCUCCCUAAGACCAUUCGUACAAGUCAAUGCGCGAUAAACCAAUCCCUAUUAUCUCGCGAGAUUUCACGAAGUUUCCGGUGUUGUGUAUGUUCCUGGAAACAUGGCGGUCAGCAUCCGCGGCCGUCCGAUCCGAAGUCUUCGGAUGCGAGGUCGGAAUGACAGUGGGGAAGAGAACGUACCGCUCGAUCUGACCAGAGAACCCUCUGACAACUUGCGUGAAAUUCUUCAAAAUGUUGCCAAGCCACACGGCGUCACCAACAUGCGGAAACUGGGCCACCUGAACAAUUUCAUAAAGCUGCUAAUCAGCAUUGGCCACUGCGAGGAGAAGUUUGGGUUUACAUAUGAAGAAAUCAUCAUCUGCCUGCGGUUAGCCCUGCUGAAUGAGGCCAAGGAGGUGCGUGCUGCAGGUCUGAGGGUUCUGAGGUACCUCAUCAGAGACAGCAACGUGCUGCAAAAGGUCCUCAGAUUGCAGGUGGACUACUUGAUUGCCAGGUGCAUUGACAUCCAGCAGAGCAAUGAGGGGGAGAGGACUCAGGCCCUCCGACUGGUCAGAAAGAUGAUCACAGUGAACGCUCUACUGUUCCCCAGUUCUGUCACCAACUCUCUGAUUGCCGUGGGAACAGACGGGCUGCAGGAGAGGGACCGCAUGGUGCGCGCUGCCAUUGCCAUCGUCUGCGAACUUGCGUUGAAGAACCCAGAGGUAGUGGCCAAUAGGGGGGGUCUCAGCACCAUAUUAAAGAGUGUGAUCGACUGUCAGCUGAGCCGCAUCAACGAGGCUCUGAUCACCACCAUCCUCCACCUGCUCAACCAUCCACACACCAGGCAAUAUGUUCGCAAUGAUGUGGAGCUGGAGCAAAUCCUAGCCCCUUUCACAGACUUCCACUACCGUCACAAUGCAGACACAUCAGAGAUCCAGCUCAAGGAGGACCGCGAUGCUCGUUUCCUGUCCAGCAGGAUGGCUAUAGUAGCUGCCUUCCGCUCCUGGUCUGGGAUCAUUAACCUCUGUAGGGCUGGGAACUCUGGGAUCCAAUCCCUUAUUGGUCUGCUGUCUAUACCAAAUGUGGAAGUGAGGAAAGGUCUGCUGGAGGUAUUGUAUGAGAUAUUUAGGCUACCUCUCCCCAUUGUAACCCAGGACUUUACGGAAGCACUUCUCAGCGUGGACCCCAGUAGGUGCCAGGACAGCUGGAGACUGUCUGAUGGCUUUGUGGCUGCGGAGGCUAAAGUCCUCCUGCCUCAUCGAGCCAGAUCCAGGCCUGACCUGAUGGAUAACUACCUGGCUUUGGUACUGGCUGCCUUCAUCUCCAGUUGCCUGCUAGAGGGUCUGGUAGAAGUUGUGACCAGCAGUGAGGACCAGAUCUCAGUGAGAGCCACCAUCCUACUGGGAGAACUGCUACACAUGGCCAACACCAUCCUCCCUCACUCCCACAGUCACCACCUGCACUGUCUGCCCACCCUUAUCAACAUGGCUGCCUCUUUUGACAUCCCCAAGGAGAAACGCCUACGGGCGAGUGCGGCUGUCAACCACUUGAAACGUUUCCAUGACAAGAAGAAACAAGGACCCAAACCCCAUAGUCUGUAUCUGGACCACAUUGUCCGCAAGUCUGUGUCUGCACACCACCGGAGAGAGACUCACACACGCGUACACCGAGACAUCAAUGCUAUUAAGGACACGGAGGAAGCCCUGAUGUUGAACCUGAGAGACAGUCAGAUCCUUAACCAUAAACAGAACCUUGACUGGAACUGGCUCCUCAUCGCAACUAUCCUCAAGUGGCCUAACGUUAACCUCAGGAACAACAAAGAUGAACAGAUGCACAAGUUUGUGCGGAGACUGCUGUACUUCUAUAAGCCCAGCAGUAAGCUGUAUGCAGGGCUGGAGCUGGACCAUCCUAAAGCCAGACAGCUCACUGUGGUGGGAUGCCAGUUCAUCGAGUUCCUCAUAGAGUCUGACGAGGAUGGUCAGGCGUACCUGGAGGAGCUGGUGAAGGACAUGGUGGCCUGGCUGUCCUUGUCCUCUGGUCUGAAGCCUGACCGCUGUCUCCAGAGCAACGGGCUGCUCACCACCCUCAGCCAGCACUACUACUUGUUCCUGGGGACCCUCUCGGCCCACCCACACGGGGUUAAACUGCUGGAGAAGUGCGGCCUCUUUCAGAGUCUGCUGAACCUGUGCUCUGUGAAGAAUCAGGACGCUGUGUUGAAGCUGGCUGUGUCUACUCUGGACUACAGCACGGAUGGACUGGCCAGAGUCAUUCUCUCCAAGAUCCUCACUGCUGCCACUGAUACGUGCAGGCUGUAUGCCACCAAGCACCUGCGUGUGUUGCUGAGGGCAGGGGUGGAGUUCUUCAGUAACUGGGGCAUGGAACUGCUGGUCACCCAGCUGCACGACCACAGCAAGGCAGUCUCCAUGGAAGCCCUGGACAUACUGGACGAAGCCUGCGAGGACAAGGCUAACCUCCAUGCUCUGAUCCAACUCAAACCGGCUCUGACCCACCUGGGAGACAAGGGCCUUCUGCUGCUCCUCAGGUUUCUGUCUAUUCCUAAGGGCUUCUCCUACCUCAAUGAGAGGGGCUACGUCAGCAAACAGUUGGACAGAUGGCAAAAGGAAUACAACCUGAAGUAUGUAGAUCUGAUCGAGGAGCAGUUGAAUGAAGCGUUAACUACAUACCGGAAACCUGUGGACGGAGACAACUACGUCAGACGUAGCAACCAAAGGUUACAGAGACCAAAUGUUUAUCUUCCUGUGCACUUGUAUGGUCAGCUAGUCCAUGACAAGACAGGCUGCCACCUACUAGAGACUCAGAGCGUGGUCCCUGACCUCAGCUACACGGUUCGCUCCCCGAUGCUGGACACCUGGGAGGGCAUCAAACAGCUGAAGGCAGCCCUCUGGGCUCUGGGUAACAUUGGGUCAUCAAACUGGGGUCUGAACCUGCUUCAGGAGGAGAACGUCAUCCCUGACAUCCUGGCCUUGGCACAACACUGCGAGGUCCUGUCCGUACGGGGAACGUGCGUGUACGUCGUUGGCGUGAUCUCCAAGACGCGGCAGGGCUGUGAAGUGUUGAAACAGUAUGGCUGGGAUACAGUCAGACACAGUCGCCAGACACUGUGGCCCGUCACCCCAGACGAGGUGGACAAACCGAUGACCUCUGAACUUUCCUCCGUACCGAGCACGCUCAGUCUCAACUCUGAGUCCACCAGCUCCCGGCACAAUAGCGAGAGCGAGUCCCAACCCAACAUGUACAUCCUGGAUGAUGACAAGUCUGAGAUGUUGGACCAAUCAGACGACGCCUCCCUCUACCUGCGUUCCAAACCCAUGAAGGACCGCAGCCCCUUCACCAUCCUGGCCUCCACCCGUUUUGUACGCAACCGCUUCCUCAACUCCCUGUCGCUCCCCAGCAAAAAGUUGCGCUCCACCAGUGACCCCAAGUCAAUGGGGGGCAGCCGCACCCCCACCGAGCCCAAACUGGGAGGGCUGAGGAGGAACAGGACGGUAACGGAGCCCUCCAUCUACUCCUCGUCGCAAGGCGAUGUGUUCAAUGGGAGAGGCAUACCCAAGAGUCCCACAAUCAGCCUGGAAACCUCUUUUGUGGGUAUCAGGGACUCUGUGGGGGGGUCUGAGGAGCAGCUGGGAGAGGGGAGGCUAUCCCGGGCUGGUGGAGGAGGGUCUGGGCUGGGGGGUCCUGGAGAGCCCCCAUCCAGGGAGCAGAGUAGCCGGGAACGUCUAGCGGGAGGAGAUGGGGGAGGGACUCAGUUUAAAAGCCGCAGUCAGAGCUUCAACACAGACACCACCACAAGCGGCAUCAGCUCCAUGAGCUCCAGCCCCUCCCGCGAGACUGUGGGAAACCCUGAGCAUGCCGAGCCAGACUCGUCUGACUGUGUCAGCCUCGACACAGUGGUCUCGGCCAAGACGGUCAAAACGCUGUACACCCUCGCCCCAACCCAGGCCCACACCAACCACCUGCCUCUCUCCAAGUCGAACUCUGUCUCACUGGUCCCCCCUGGCUCCUCACACACCCUCCCCCGCAGAGCCCAGAGCCUCAAGUCUCCCUCGGUGGCGGCCAUUAAGAGCCUUGCAGACUGCAGUUUCAUGUACACCAGCCCGCGGGAUGCACUGGGCUAUGCUACUCUGAAGAGGCUGCAGCAGCAGAGGAUCCACCCGUCUCUGUCUCAUAGUGAGUCGUUAUCGUCGCCCGCUAAAGACGUGCUCUUCACUGACACGAUCACCAUGAAGACCGGUAGUCUGGACUCGAGGCUCACGCCGCGCAGCUCAGCUUGGGCUCCUGAAGGGUUCUUCCCCACAGCCCAGUCUUGGUCGGUAGACAGAGAGAAGCAGACUGAGGUGGAGUAUCUCAGGUUGUCUGCUAAGAGAGUGAGCUGUCCAGCCCCCCGCCCCUCUGAUGCCCACCGCAGGCCAUCCAGAGCCUACGUCCCUCGGUUGUCUGCUAAGAGGGUCAGCUGUCCAGCUGUCCAGCCACUCCGCAGGAUGUCCAUCUCUAUGCCUUGGUUUCUGAAGGCGUUGAGCUUUGCGUCUCUGGACAAGGAAGAUCUGCUGAGUCCCAUCAACCAGAUCACUCUGCAGCGUUGCUCGUCGGUGCGCUCCAUGGUGCCCAGCGCCACCUACGGCUGUAACGACGACUACGUGGGCCUGGCGCUGCCCAUGGACAUCAACGACAUGUUCUACAUCCGAGACACGCCCUACUUCCAACAGAGGACGAGCCCGCCUGCCGACGAGAAGUGUCCGUUCUACUUUGGAGACUCAGACAGUGACGGUGGUCGUCCCUAUCCUCCUAUCCCACUGCUGAAGCAGCAGUUCAGUAUCUCAGAGCUGAUGGCCAGCAGAGAGAACAACCAGAACCAUAUCCUGGGUCCAGAGGAGACUGGUCUACAGGAACACACUGAUGACAACUGUCUCUACUGCGUAGGAGCUACUGUACUGGGCUACCACGCACAGCCUCAGAUCAACAAUGCACACACCCGCACUGACUACAUAGACUUUCCGUGGUCUAGUCAGACCAGCCAUCGUCUGGAGGUGAUGCCUCAGUCCAAGUUCUCUGGCGUCUCCGGCUGCAGCGACGCUGCUGUGUCACAGGGAUCCGUCGGCAGCACACCUACUCCCGCUGACAUAGUGCUAGGUGGCAAGGCAAUAUCUGAAGACGGCCCAGCCUGUCGGGUUCUGCUGAGGAAGGAGGUGCUUCGCCUCGUCAUCAACCUCAGCUCUUCUGUAGGAACCAAGGGCCACGAGACGGGACUACUGACGAUAAAAGAGAAGUUUCCCUAUGCGUUUGAUGAUAUCUGUUUGUACUCUGAGGUGUCUCACCUGCUGGCCCACUGUAUGUUCCGCUUGCCCUCUCGACGCUUCAUACAGGAACUCUUUCAGGACGUACACUUCAUACCGAUGUACGAGGAAGCAGAAGCGAUCCUGUCGAAGCCACCAAAGCCCGUCGGAGUGGAUAUAGACCCUCCCACGAAGUUCUGACUUUCCUCGUCUCUGUCCUCCCCUCCCUGUUUAGACGCUGCUUUCCCUCCAACCCUCACAUAGAGAUACAGAGAGCAAGAUAGUGAAAAAAGGGAGGGAUGGAGAGAAUAGGGGAGAAAGGAUAAAAAAGAGGGGAUAAGUUUAGCUGAAGUUCAAGAUGGAGGGAGCAUGGGUGUUAAAGAAGGUGUGAAAGUGUUGUCUCCAGUUGCUUGAGAAAGAGAUCCAACUGUCUGAACAAAUGAAACCUGACGCGUCUAGUUUUGUUCCUGCCUAUGGCCAACAGGGGGAGCAUUUUUACCAAAUGCUGUUUUCAGACGGAUGUACGAGCCUGACCAACAGACAUCACAGGAGACGCAUCAACUACAUAACACAUCACACUUAACCUAAACACAAGCUGGAUGAAAUAUGACUAAGUCUUGAAGAAUUUGAUCUUGCUCUGGUGUAUGCUGAUAUGAAAUGAAAAGGGCAUGUUCAGUCCAUCCUAGUCAGUGCUGGACUCAUCCUCUUCUCCCUCAUAAUGGAAACACUACAGAAGGUUCUAGAAGCCUCCCUCAUAGUCAUACCCUCAGUCGGUUUCUGCUAGAGAUGGUUGUGCUGUGAUCUCAUAAGUUUAUUAUUUCCAACUCUGCUUAUGAUCAAAAGACUCAUUCUUGUUUAAACGACCAUUUUUCUAUUUGUCUAUAGACUGUCAGACAAUCAAACAUCAGUAGUGUUUUUAAAACAUUUUUCCCCCAUCUGGACAUAUGGAACAUAACUGCUGUGGCUUGCUCUCUGUCACCCUUUCUGUAUUCCUCUCUAUCUCUGACCCUGGUUUGGAAGGACACUGCCUCUGACAGUGGCAACAGCUGGGUUCUCACACCUUUUCAUUGAUUCUUUUUUUAUGGAGGUUGUCAGAAACCCUACCUCCGUGCUUCGCUCUCACUGCAUGUACAAACGGCAUGUCAAAACUGUAAUAUUAGAUCAUUGUCACUGUUUCUGAAAAGUGUUAAUUUAUUUCUUCCAAAUGCUUCUAAUAGUUUCAUUGUCUUAAAUCAUAAUAGGUUGCCAUCACUUGUUUGCAAACUGGGGAAAGUAAUUGUCCCCAAGUUGUUUUCACAAUGCAGAUAUUGCUGUCGAUCAUUGGCUGAGAUGAGAGGACAGGGUGACGUGAUCAUUUAUGGAUUGCUGUAAGGUUUCCAUGGGAACAGGUUUCUGUUUCUAUUGGUUAGUUUUGCUAUUAUGCUGCUACACAAGUGGACUCCUAGGGUGAUUUAUAGGUCUGUUGAGUGAUGUCGGAUCUAUUUAUUAUAUCUGUACCAUAGCAGAGUGACUGAGAAGAGUUAUUUAUAUUUUUUUUCCUUGAGACUGUAUUAUAAUUCAAUGAUUUUUUUUGUGUGUUUUUUGCUUGAAUCAUGGUUUCCCUUGUAUAAUGUGUAUAGUGUGUUUUGGGGCAUUGCUGACCUAAAGAAGCAUACAAUCUUAUUAAAGGGAUACAUUGUUAAUAAAAAACAAUCUUGAACUCCACAAACUGAGUGAUGGUCUAUUUUUAUUUGUCUAUGACAGCCUGUUAAAGUUGUUGAUAGUUGGUAUUAUGCAUUUUAAUCAGCUUUCACAUUGUCAUUCUCAAAUAUUAAGGGCUUGUAAGUAAGCAUUUCACGGUAAGGUGAAUUCGUGUUGUAUUCGGCUCAUGUGACAAAUAAAAAUGGAUCUGGAGAAUGGUGUUAUUACUAUCAAAAGAAUAAAGAUGCUUUUCCCACAUGGAACCGGUAGGUUCGCUAGACCUUCAUUGGUUUCCUCGCACAUAAAGGUGGCGGAAUUAGCCUAAAUCAAGGUCAGCAUAUGGCAUAUCUGUAAACACCUCCGCCACACCUUCAUUUAAAGGUCUGAAUUGGGCCCAUAGUGUCAUUUCGUGGGAUUAAUGCUCAGGCUCUAAUCAAUGUCCACAACCAAUUUCAGUUCUGAAAAGGUUGUGUUAAGACAAUUCUGAAUUUUAAAAUGAACAGAAACUGAUUUAAAUAAGUAGUUCCAGACCAGUGUAAAACAUGACACUGUUUCAAAGCACCUCCCAGUAGAAAAAUGUUUUCAUGUUCUCAGAGUAGUGUUCAUGUGCCUCAGGUCAGCUGUGCUGCUUUCCUAUCAUUCCAGUGUCUAAAAUUGUCAACAUGUGGACUCCAGAUUCAUUCAGCCAUUUCAAAAAGUUAUACUACUUAUAUCCGGCAUUUACUGUUGAAAACAGUAAAAAAUAAAAUAUUUGAACUGCUACAAACGAAGCCCCAAUAAUAUAACACAGGUGAUGUAUAAAAACAGCAUUUUAUUUUUAUAUAAAUACAAAAAUAAUUACUUUACACAUGACUGUUUUUAUACAGAAUUAGCGGCAUCAUGGCCGGAGGGGCUUAGACAAAGGCACUGAACAGUAACCCAUGGUGGAUAACACGCUCACACUGGAGCUAACAUCAGCAAAUACAUUUCAAAUCAGCUAGAUCGCUGUUGCUUAUUGGACUCAGCCUACACCCCAGGCACUGGGGUUUUACUACACCUGUGGAGGCCCAUCCUACACUUAGCUAAUGCUGUGUCCUCAAUCACCAGUUGAGCAGAGCUCGGAGGCGAAAACCAAAAUGUGAACACACCCAGUGAGAAAGCAUACUAACUGUCAUACGCAUGGCAUAAGCACUGAACUCAAUUUGGAAGAGUGGAUAUACAACUAAUAUGCAUGCAGUGGUAAACAAUGGCUACAAUUAAAAAAUAAAAAAAAUUAUGUGUCGUUCUUUGCUUGCGACAGAGCUAAAGUGAAAUGUGCACUCUGCUCCGGUUCCUGUAAGAACAGUUGCUACACUUUUCUCUCUGGCUUCAAAUGUCACACCGUCACUUCUGUUGGACAUAAUACAGACAGAUUUCAAUGAGAUUCAAGUAGGCCUACAGCUCUUUAACAGUAGGAGCAGGUUGGCUUCCAAAGUUUCUCAGCACCAGUAGAGGCUGUGUCUCAAACCAGAGAGAAAUGGGUGCAGAAUUGAUGAAAAGGUGUGUGGGGGGGGGUCAACACCAAUACACUCCACUCAGUAUACAUGUAAACAUCGGUUCUUACUGGCAAAAUUGUUAUCCUGUAUCCUUCCACUAUUACAGGUAUACUAUGGGUAGGGCCCAGAGUUUUUCCCAGCCAUGUGACCAGACCCAGGAAAUACAUCAGGCCUCAACUAUGGAGGAUGGCUCACAUACUCAAGACAGACAAAAUCCUGCUACACUUUCAGUAGCAGAAUAUACAAAUUGUUUACAAUUAAAUGCAUAGAAAAUGUAUUAACAUGAUUUUUUAAAGUACAGGUAUUGAAAUAUAGAAACCAGCUGAAAUCAAGGUCACAUUAUAAAGUUGAAUUCUACAGCCUAAGCUAGAGAGGUUCAGCACCAACUCUAAACGGCAAAGGUAAUUUGGGCUGGUGGGACAAAGCUACUGAACUGCCCCAACAUUGACUAACCUAACACACGUCUAACAUCAACUAUCUGUUUAUAAA